GCCGUGUUUAUCACAACAAAAAAUAAUACAAUAUGUGUCAUGAAGAAAAUUGUGGAAGUAUUUCGCACUGGUUUAAUAAGUUAUCAAAACGGGUUAAACAUACAAAAAUAUUUUAUUUCAGUUUAUAAUAAUUCAGCGGAUUUUAAAACAUUUAAAAACAUCUUAAUAUUAGCUGAACAUAAACCCGUUUACACUAUUGGUAUUAGAUCCAAGAAUUAUACAAUAAAAGAUGAAGAAAAGCUAAAAAGUUUUGGAGCAGAGUUUUACAAAACGGACCGUGGUGGAUUAAUCACAUUUCAUGGGCCUGGUCAGUUAAUUUUAUAUCCCAUAUUACAUCUUAAACUAUUCAAACCUAGUGUUAGGUGGUACGUAAAUAGUUUGGAAGAAACUGUAAUAAGUACGUGCAACAAAUUUGGGAUAAAAGCAAUAAGAACUGAACAUACUGGAAUAUGGAUAGGAAGUAACAAAAAAAUAUGUGCUAUAGGGAUUCAUGUUUCCCAAUAUAAAACUAGUCACGGAAUUGCUUUAAAUUGCAAUACUGAUUUAAAAUGGUUUGAGCACAUAAUUCCAUGUGGUAUUGAGGACAAAUAUAUGACUUCUUUGUCUAGAGAAUUAAAUCGGAAUAUUACUAUUGAUAUGGUUAUACCAAAGUUGUUAGAUAGCUUUAGUGAAAUAUUUGAAUGUAAAGUUGUAAAAAUGAACUUAGAAACUAGUGAGCCAAAAUUAUUUUCGGUUUAGAAUAUUGUACUUUCGGAAAAAUUCGUGUACAUAUCUAUAUAUUAGUUUUUUUUAAAUUAUUUUAAAUAAUUAUAAAAUUAUAUAAUAAAUAGUCAUUGAU